UUGCCCUGCUGGAGCCCCAUGAGUGCCCCGGCCGCGGAGGCCUGGCUGGGAGAUGAAGCAGUCGUGCCCUCUGCUGCUCUAGCGGCCCUGUGGGCCCUCAUGGCUCAGGAAGGCCCCUGCCCCUCUGGCCCCGAACCUGCCCCUGCCCCCUCUACCUCCUCCUCCCCGCCCCCUCUGGCGUCUCGCCGCCGUCGCCAGGCCCGUCCCGGGACACCACGGGCUUCUGCCGCCCCGUCCCAGCAGCUCCCGACAUUAGCCCUUCUGGCUCGGACUCGUUUGCACGGCCUGCGUCAGGCCUGCACUCCGGCCAGUUCUGUGGGCCGCCGGGCUUUCUGGACGCUGGCCCUCUGCACAUCGGUAGGCCUGCUGUUGUCCUGGUCAUCAAAUCGCCUGCUACACUGGCUGGCCUUCCCCACACAUACACGAGUACACACAGAAUGGGCACGAGAACUGGCCUUCCCCGCUGUCACCAUCUGCAACAACAACCCGGUACGCCUCUACCGCCUCACCAAAAGCGACCUCUACUUCGCUGGUCACUGGCUGGGCCUCUUGCUGGCCAACCGCACAGCCCGGCCACUGGUGCUGGACCUGCUGCAUGAGGAGAGAAGAGCUUGGUUCAGAAAACUCUCAGACUUCCGACUCUUUCUGCCACCGCGGCACUUUGAAGGGACCAGCCUGGAGUUCAUGGACCGGCUGGGACACCAAUUGGAGGACAUGCUGCUAGGCUGCAAGUACAGAGGAGAACCGUGUGGUGCUCACAACUUCUCCACAGUGUUUACGCGGUAUGGGAAGUGUUACAUGUUCAAUGCAGCUGAAGAAGGGAAGACUCUGAGGACCACAAUGAAGGGAGGAACCGGCAACGGCCUGGAGAUCAUGCUGGACAUUCAGCAAGAUGAGUACCUGCCUGUGUGGGGGGAAACAGAGGAGACAGCGUUUGAGGCAGGCGUGCGGGUGCAGAUCCACAGUCAUGCGGAGCCUCCGUUCGUUCAUGAGCUCGGCUUCGGGGUGGCACCUGGCUUCCAGACCUUCGUAGCCACACAAGAGCAGCGGCUGACAUAUCUGCCUCCUCCGUGGGGGGAGUGCGUGUCGCGGGCGCUGGACUCAGGCUUCUUUCAGGUCUACAGCGUCACAGCCUGCCGCAUUGAGUGCGAGACACGCUACAUUGUGGAGAACUGCAACUGCAGGAUGGUCCACAUGCCAGGAGACUCUCCAUACUGUACCCCAGAACAGUAUAAAGACUGUGCAGAACCUGCUCUUGCUGCUCUGUCCGCAGUAGAGGGCAGUAACUGUGUGUGCAGAAACCCCUGCAACAUGACACGCUAUAACAAGGAGCUGUCCAUGGUCAAGAUCCCCAGCAAGACGUCAGCACGCUACCUGGAGAAGAAGUUCAACAAAUCAGAGAAGUACAUCACGGACAACAUCCUGGUCUUGGACGUCUUCUUUGAGGCACUAAAUUAUGAGACCAUCGAGCAGAAGAAAGCGUACGAGGUGGCUGGCCUGCUAGGCGAUAUUGGCGGUCAGAUGGGGUUGUUCAUCGGUGCAAGCAUACUGACAAUCCUUGAGCUGUUUGACUACGCCUAUGAGGUGGUGAAGGAGAGACUCCUGGAUCUCUUGAGUCGAGACGAGGAGGAAGAGAGCCGAGGAGAAGACGUGAGUACCUGUGAUCCUGUAGUGAAUCACUCAGAGACGAUCAGCCACACGGUCAGUGUUCCACUACAGACCACUCUAGGGACGCUGGAGGAGAUCGCCUGCUGAGUGCACGUCCCCUCACCACCACCGGAGGUGCAACCUCAAAUUCUUCUCUCUCCCUACUGACAGGACUGGCGUCUAGGGAAGAGGGACAAAACGAAAAGAGGGGAUGAAACAAAGACUCACUCUCUCUUUCUGCUCAAACUGUUAUAAGAUCAUCUUGCACAAACACAUGAAAACAAGCGUCAGGCAACGUAAAGCAAGGAGGAUGCUGAACUCUUUCCACACAUACAGUUCCCAAAGCCGAAACUGAGGCAAGACACGUUUGAGACAAUUCCAAACAAAAACCAAGUGUGUGUGAAUGUGCUCUCGCAUAGGACUUCAGUGUGUAAAUGUCUCUCUCUCUUCGCUCAGCCGCCGUUUUGAAGUCUACUGCCAAAAACAUGAAGAAAUACCAGAGAAAACAUGGUGAACCUCCUCUAACUUUGCAUGUGUCGGUUUCUCGGGCUACGAUGCGGUUUUCUCUUGUUUUCUCUCUCGCUGAGAGCGCUUCCAUCGUGCUGUUUGUUUGCUGUGUGUGUCUCUGCGUCUGUUUGGCCCGUGAGAUGCCUCCAUGUACGAAUGUCCCGAACCCAGAAGCAGCACUCUUCCCUUUCCUUUUCCUCCUUCACAAAAUCUUACCCCCUUUUUUAAUGAAUCCAAAAAUCCUUAUGAAUCACAGUGACAGUUCUGCCAUUGUGGCCUCAUCUUAUGACUGGCUAAUGAGGGUCUGUCUUCAGCCUCCGUCUUUUCCCCUGACUAUUUAAAGAGAAGGAAGAAGAAAACUUUGGAACAGAAAAAUACAAGAUUAAAAAAGUGUUUGUGUCUUUUGUGAGACUAAGCCUUAAGUUCUGGUCAUCUUAGAGGAGGAGUUGCAGUUAAUGAAUGGAGUUCCUAUUGCUUAGAUUUUGAUUAGCCAGACAAUCAAUUUUAUUUUCCCACCUUUUCAAUACAUUUCAGAUCUUUAUGAGCAGUCUCAUCUUUGGAAAUCUAUAUUAUUAUUAGUAUUAUUAUUAUUGUUAUGUUUAUUUCAUCAAAUGAUCAACACCACAUUACCUAAGGUGAAACAGCAAGGUUCCUAAAUGGUUCUUGGCUUGGACAUAUAAUUCGAGGAAAAGAAGUAGCAUUAUAAUAGAACCCUUACAUUAUGUGGAGGUUCUUUAAACAUCAUAAACCAUGUCUUAACUGUCACACAUUUCUUUUACAAAAGUACCAGCCAUUGAAAGUGGGUCCUAUGUGGUAUCACCCCAAAGAACCCUAUUUGGCACCUUUGCUCAUGGCUCAUAUCAUGAAAAACUUAAUUGUACUCCAUUUUUGAA